GGCUUAGGCUAGCGUCUCUGUCUGUCUCUCUUGGCGGCAGUAGCUCAGUUUCCUCCUUGCGUAGCUGGAAUGGCGGAACAGGGAGCCGGCGACGAUCGCUCCCGGCAUUUUGGUGAGGGGGAAGAUAGCGAUGGCGGUGCCCGGGAGAACAAUGGCCGCGGGGAGGCAAGUGGAGCAGCAGCUGAUCCUGAGCAGAUCCUGCAGACAGGCAACCUUCUGUUACGCGGGUUUAUUGUGGAUCGGGUGCAGCGCAAUCCUUUUGCAGCUACGGCAGACGUUCCGGAACUGGGCACAUUUGAGCAACAGCCGGAGAACCCUUCUACUAAGAGGCUAAGUGAAUGCCUCCGAAGGAUAGGAGACGAAUUGGAUGGGAAUAUGGAGCUACAGAGGAUGAUUGAGCAAGUGCAGAGCAACCCACCCAAAGAGGUCUUCUUCCGCGUGGCCACUGAAAUGUUUGCUGAUGGCAAUUUUAACUGGGGGCGAGUGGUAGCUCUGUUUUACUUUGCCUGCAAACUGGUUAUUAAGGCACUGUUUACGCAUGUCCCCCAAAUGAUUCGCACAAUCAUUGACUGGACAAUGGAAUAUCUCCGAGAUUAUGUUGUCCAGUGGAUAAGAGAUCAAGGAGGCUGGGAGGGCCUUCUAUCCUACUUUGGCACACCUACCUGGCAAACCAUCGGGGUCUUCCUAGCUGGAGUGCUCACUGCCACUGUUGCCAUCUGGAAAUAUUCGUAAGACUUGUGUCGUCGUCCUGAGCGUAGCUUUCAUCAACUCUUUUCUUCUUUUUCUGGAAGCACAAACUUUAUUCCAAUUCACUCCAUCAGCGACAGCAAGGCUUCAGGACGCGUGCUUCCGUCAGGGACUCCGCUCUCGGUGAGAUCAGCUCCACUAAAGGAGCCAUCGGCCUUUCGUUUGGGGAUCAUGUGUUUUUAUUUUUCGCCUUUUUUGUUUUGUUUUGUUUUUUUUGUUUUUUAAAUAUAUAUUAUAACUUGUGCCUUUUUAAUAUAUAGAAUUCAAAUGGUUUUUUAAACAA